AUGUAUCUACUACAGUUUUUAUACCAGGUCCCGGGUUUCAUUGUAAGCGCCAGUGCGACCCAGUCCAAUAGUGAUGCUAAAAAAUUGUCUGAAGUAAUCCACGAUUCAGAUACUCCUGAUUUAGCCAAGGAAUCCUGUGCUGAUAGGCUGGGACCUAAAAGAGCGCGACUUCAUCCUGGUGUUAACAAAGGCCGGAAACAGCAUUUUGAUCUGAGCGGCUCUGGGAAAGACAGUUUUCUAGAAAUAGCAGUCCGCACAGGUGCUUACGCCACUUGGUCCCUACUCGGGAAUUCUUCGUCCUUCGGCUUGUUUGAUGAAUUGGGACCAGUUGAUUUCGUCUUUACGCUAGGAGGAAAUAAAACUGUUGCUGGAUUAACAAAACAAAGAUCAGCAGAGGCUAAACAAAGCGAAGGUAGAAGACGGAUAGUGAUUGAUGUUACAGAGGUUAGUUAA